AUUGGGUUGCUCACCUCAACGUUUAUAAUGCUCUCCUAAAAACAUGAAACUAGCCCUGACACUUGAUCAGGCCAAGUAUCCUGCUCUCUCAGAUGCGCCAGUGGGAAGCUUGCAAGCGGUAUUCAGACACAAGAGACUCUCCACCUCCUGUGGUUUCCUGCAAAUGGGAUCUGGAAGGGUUUCCAUGUUUGAUUAGAGGCAGAGUAUGGUCAUCAUGGUGGUAGCCACUGACGGUCCUGUGAAAUUGGAUUAAAGCCAUCAAAUUUGUUGGCCAUCAUUGCCUCCUGUGGGAGCAAGUUCCACAUUUUAACUCUGUGCUGGAUGAAGAAGUUCUUCCUUUUUUAUCUGUUCUGAAUCUUCCAACAUUAAGCAUCACUAGAUGUCCUUGACUUUUAGCAUUAUGAGAGAGAGGAGGAAACUUUUCUCUAUCCAGUUUCACUCCCCAUGCUGAAACUCGUUGCGAAAUGCCUCAGUGCCCCUCGGUUCAUUUCCUUGACUGCUUCCUUGAGCCACUUCCUAUGCAACGCAGCUGUGCUCCAGAUUGUGCCACGACAUCUCCAGCUCAGCUUACUCAGCCCUCCGGAAAUGAAACAGCCACAGGACUAGCAUGGCCCCCCAGGAGGUGUCUCCCAAAGGUGAGGGGCCCUUCCCACCUGCCCAGCUGCUCUCCUGUACUGACUCUGGGAUCUUGAUCUCUCUCUGCUGCAUCCCCUGAAAUCUCAGGGCAGACCAAGUGGACUCCUUCAAGAUGGAACUGAACAAAGCUCUGCCCUAAACUUGGCCCUGGCCAUGGCCACUCAGAUGAAUGAUGCUCACCGCCAGUUUCUGCAGGCUUUCCUAACUCUUGGCUUUGUGGAGAGGCCCGAAGCUGCAAAGCUGCACCAGUUGUACUGCCAGCUGCACAAGGUCUAUUAUGCACCUGAUAAACUGGAUGACUUCAUCAACACUUUGAAUGUUCAGCUGCAGUCUUUUUCUUUGGAGAUCAGGAAAGGAGUAUCGGAAGAAAAUGGGAGAACAUAUUAUGCUUUGGUGAACCUGGCUGAAAAUGAGGUCACCCUAAUGGCAAGCGACUACUCUGAAAAUGAGCUGGAAUUGUUCAAGAAGACAAUGGAUCUGAUUGUGCUGUCUAGCAAUGGCUUUGCUUCCUCCACGGAGAUCCUGAACUUGGCCGACCAGCUGAAGCCAAAGAAGAUGAAGAAGAUGGAGGCUGAGCAAGUACUGCAGCGCCUGGUGCAGGAUAAGUGGCUCUCCGAGAAAGAGGGAGAGUACACUUUGCACCUGCGCUGCGUCCUGGAGCUGGAGCAGUACAUCCUCCGCCACUACCAGGACUCUGCCCGCAAGUGCCACGUCUGCCACAGCCUCUCCAUCCAGAGCCAAGUCUGUGAGGACUGUGGAAUCGCCAUGCACUUGCCUUGCCUCGCCAAAUAUUUCCAAGCCCAAAGGGAACCUCGUUGCCCUAACUGCAAGCAGUUCUGGCCGCACCAGAUUCCAGAGAUCAAUCUACCAGGACCUUCUCGGCUCUCAAGCACCCCACAGGAGACCCGGAGGAGUGUGGCCUCCCCAAUGGCCCAGAGGCGGCAGUAAGAGUUCUCCAAGCCCUUGUUGGAGAAGUACAGACAAGCAGCUGUUACUGAGCUGGAGUGGGCAGGUCCACUUGGGCCCCCUUGCCUUCCUGGCACAGCUGUUCUAUAUUUGCGUAAUUUAAGUGUCUGAAAUACAUAUCUUGUUAUAUAUAUUUUUUCCUCAGGAUCCAACCUGUCUCACAAUUUUCCUUUUCUUUUUUUUACUAUUUAUGUAAAGCUUUUUUAAAAUAAAAAAAUACAGGGGUUUCAUUUCUUUUCAAGCUCUGAAAGCACAUGUAACAACAUACAAUACUUUUCCUGGAAACUGCAUGACCGUAUAUUUAGCAAAGCUUUUAAAGGUCUUAUGAGGGUGACUGGGCCUCAACUCUGCUCCUUCCCGAAGCUGUCCUCGGUAUCUUUCUGUAACCCUCUCAGAACAUAACUUGUGAGCAUCUCAAGAAGCUGAAUGUUGCAGGAUUCAGGACAGAGAAACGGAUGAACUGCUUCAUGCAACACAGUUAAAACUCUCCUGCAGGAGCCAGUGAUGGCCAGCAUCCUAGAUGGCUCUAAAACAGGACUAAAUUCACGAAGAGGGUCACCAACGGCUACUAGCCAGGAUGGCUAGGCUCUCUCUCUCCAGAGUUUGUGGCAGCAA